AUGGCUCGUACUCGCAGUACCCCCAAGAAGGCCACUGGUGGCAAAGGUGCCGCCGCGCUCCUCAAGACCUCUGGUAAGGGGCAGAGCGCUCGCGCUACUAAGUCCGCCCGCGCCCCUGCUGCCCCGACUACCCCCGUCAAAUCGCCCAAGAAGAAGCUUGUGCGCGAGCGUACCCGGGCUCAGGUUCGCCAAGAUCUACGCGAUAAAGACCGUGCUGAGCGCAAGGAGAAGGGACUGGCCCCUCGCACCUGGGAAGACCGUCUCGAAAUCGCCGACGAAGACCUACCCCCUAUCGUAACCUUCACCGACGACCACUACGAGCUCCCCUGCCUGGGUUGUGUGCGCUCUUGCCUUGCUGGUAAGGGUGAACUUGAGCACUGCAAGAGUGAUCCCACUCGCCGCGCUCAACGCUGUGCCCUUUAUGAGAGUGGUAGUCACAAGUGCGAGCCUGUUCCCAACCUGAUUGAGCCUCUUGUUCGGGUCUUGAAGAAAGCCAUUCUUGACGACAAGGAAAGCAGGAUCAGCAAUGCCCGGGUUGCUAUUCGCCUGCAGCUUGACACCCUGUACGACUCUGAGACUGCUGGGUUUUACAGUGCUCGGGACAAGGCUACGAAGCCCCUUGUCACGAUCGGUGAAGCGGCGGAACGGGCCUUGGAGGAAGGCUUUGAGGAGGAAGGCGCAGGGGAUGGGGGUGACUCUUCCGCUGAGCAGAAAGUUGCUGCUCGCAAGAUCAUCAAAACCCUGUCUGCCCUGCUUUGA